CGUUGCCAACAACCUCGAGCGCCGCUAUACAUCUCCUCGGCGAGCUCAGCAUUACAUCCUGACCGUUCAGGAUACGCUGGGGUGAUUUAGCCAUCGUCUGCGGUCUUCCUAACACUUCCGCUCCUUCCUUUCCCACCUUGUAAUUCACAUAUCUUUCGACCGACGCCAUGGAAUACGAUCGCAAGUCUGCAGUAUCCUCUUUCUACGGUGGACGCCCUUCUGGUGACGCUCUGAACCGCGACUACUCAUCUCCACCACCGACUGCUCCACCUGAUGGGCGAGCACGGAGAGACUCUGCCUCGUCAUUCUUUAACCCAAAUGCCGGCAAUACAUCGCGGCCAAGCGCUGAUGUACUACGGGGGCAGUCUGCGGGAUACAAUCGCCAAUCGUUCUUCGAUGCUGGGAGGCAGGAGCCGAUCAAGGGCGGUUAUAACGAUGAGGAGGCACAUGGGAAUGACGCUGGAUGGGACGUCUUUGCAGAUUUUAACAACACGGGUCCAAGGUACAGCACUGCGUUUGGGCUAGGUCAGAGCGAGGCCAGCUACCACCAACUCCCUCCACAUGGCACUCCAAGCAAACUCGAUGACGACCUGAGCACGGUCGGCCCAGUCGAAAUGGUUACCGUCCCCGCACUUGGCCCAGAAUGGAAAGCCUCGGAGCUGCGGGACAUGACCAAGGCGGGCAAGAGCGAGAAAAAGGCGGAGAGGCGCUCACGGCAGUGGAAGGAGUUCAAUCGAGGCCAGCGCGGGCUACUUGGACGCAAGUGGCUGACGCGAAGGGUGUGCGUCUUCAUCGGCUUCGGCCUCAUAGUCGCAAUUGGCAUUGUGCUCGCGUUCACGAUCCCGCGCGUUCCCGGAUUUGAGCUCAACGGGAGGACGCCGUUGCAGAGCGCCUCAGGAGAUUUCAAUUCGUCUAUACCGAUCCAGUUCUCCCGAAUCCCGACCAACUUCUCCUUCCCGGCCGUCGCGGACCUCCAGAUCGACACCGGGUCGAACUUCCUCCCACUCACGUUUAACAGUCUUCACGCUACAGUGUUCGACCUCGACUCCCUCCGGGAGGUCGGGCACGGAGAGAUGGGCAAGACGACACUGCCUGCGAAGACGUUCUCCAAUAUCCAGAUGCCCUUGAACUUCACAUACACUACGGUGAAUACUACCGAUACAACUUGGACAAAUUGGUACGACGCUUGUAGGAACAAGGCACUGAUCAACGGGGACCGGCCGGGUCUGAGGUUCACGCUCAACAUUGCUUUCAAGAUCGCCGGUCUUCCUAGCCAGCACCAGACGUCGACGUCGGUCACCAACGCGCCUUGUCCCAUCGAGCUUUCAGCGAAUGCCCCUUGAAUGGUUAGAGUCCUAUCGAGAACUCCACUUGUGCAGAGGAUUCGACGUGCGCGGCGGACUAUCCCGGUUGGGUGUCUCUUCUUAUAUGACCAUCUUAUAUUUUUCAUGAGUUUCGUGGAUUCGCUUUCUCUUUCUUUCAUUUUUUUUUCUCUGUUGACACGCUGUCUCAUGGACAUUUGGACUUGUUGAGCACGUAGCGGUCGACCGACGACCGAACUCUACUAGAGCGAUUUAUUGCGUGCUUAUAUGCGGCUUCGUUGUCUCAUUUUUUCUCACUGUUGCGCUCAGGAGCGAAUAUGAAUGCAUCGCCGUCGACAAAUCUCUGCACU